AUACGAAGACGUGUAAGGUCACCAGUGCGAGGACUCAAAGAGAGUUGCACCUGGAAAUUUAUGUUUUGUUUGUUUUGUGACCAUUUUCUACAUCAGUUUGGUACUGAUGAAUCGAUAAAAAUAUACACAGCGUUAAUGGUCUUUGGUUGAACUGAGUGGGAUCCAGUCCCGUCACUUGACAACCCUAGGUGGAUGCUGUAGAAGAUGGUGGGAACAAUGGCGGAAUCUCCAACCUUCAAUCCCUGUGCCUAUGAACCACCAGUGUCAUUGUGGAAGUUAGUGGAGCAGUACACACCUGAGUAUGAGAGACAAGAGAUUAAGGAGGUGCUAGGCGAGUCGCUAGUGGAACAAAGCCUGGAGUUACAUGAAGAGAUUGACACAUUACUGGAUAUUUGGAGAGACUUCAGGUGUCAGACGUACACUGAGAGUUACCAGAAUAGGCUUCCAGAACCACCGGCUGUUAGAGAUCGCCUUAAACAAGAAAUCCAGUUUUUUGUUGAGAACAUACGAGAGCGAGCAAAUAGACAGGGAGUGGAUCUGGAGAAAAUCUUUGCAUCCCAUAACAAAGCUGUUCUGAGCUAUGCAUUGGAAAAAGCCGAUAAACCGUCCACUCCCUCAAGACCCUCCACAAUGAUGACUUCUCAUGGCAGGGAAACCCCCAUGAUGACAUCACCCUGCAGUGAUAGAAUGUCACUCGCAUCAACCAUCAGUGAUGAAGUAGAAGCCAUGAAUGAUAAACUAAAUAUCUUAGAAGUGGAUGAAGUUGUUCAACAUUUAAGGGUUACUUUAGAGGAUGAAAUCUCGCAGUUAGUUUCCGAUAUUGCUUUUCUUCAGGGUUGUUUGGAUGAUGAAGCUAAUUUUAGAGAUGAAGCUACAGGGGUAACGAAUGCAGAGCCAAGUAUCUCAGAGCUGCGAGAGGAGAGAGCAUCAUUAGAGAAGGACAUGUUAAAAGCUGAUCUUCCUUUACCUUCCCCGUCAGAUGCUGUGUCCAAACCGGCUUUGUCUGCCCAACUCAGGAAAUACAGCCCACUGACUCCUACCAGACUCAGCAGAAGUGAGCACACAGCUGUGUUGGGUAACACCAACAAAAUGUCACCUGUCAAAGCUACUCAUCAGGUCAGUCCACCUGAGGGUCAAUCUGUCAGGGUUCCAGCGCAGCGAAGUCCAAAAAAGGCACCUUCCCCACAAAACCCGUCACCGCAAGACACUAACAGUGCGAUCAGGAUACGUGUGGCUAAUGCUUCUUCAAGAGCUCAGGUUGUCCAGAUAUCAGCGGUAUCAGGGGCAGAUUACUCUGAUCAAACAGGGGGAAUAAUCCCAUCUCCGCCUGGUCCUGCACGACCAAAGAUUUCUCGACCAAGCUCAGCUGACAGAUUCCGGAAGAUGGUUAUACAAAGCCGUGACGGUGUCUGAACAGAUUGCUGAGAUUAUUCUUCGUUGUGUACAGCUCAAACACUUUGUGGAACUUUUCCAGCCCUAUGGAAUUGUGUCAGUGAUAUGCCAUGAUGACAGAGUUUAUCAAGGCACUAACUGCAUAGUGUUUGUUUGAACGCUAUGGAAUACAUGUACGUGCCAUCAUCACCAGUUUUAUUGAUCAGUGAUCAGUUUUAUUGAUUAAUGAUAAAAUAUGUCUGCUGCUAAGCAUGGUAGUCCAUGUGAGAACACUGGAAACUGACAAUAGCCACAUGUGAUAUUGUAUGAAAAGUACGUAUUUUACUGGCCAGAAAUACUUGUAAACAUAACUGUAAACUCUCUGACCUUUGCAGUCAUACACUUGUGUUGUCUGCAAAAUAUUGCGUUGUCAUUCAUACUCUGCAACUUUUCCACAACCCCCACUGAUUCCAUGAAGCUAUUUUUCAUAUACUUUUAAGUUCAAAUUUCAAACCAGAUUUUAACUCUUCUUAAUGUAUCUUGGAAUUUAGAACUGUGAAUACACAUUAUCUAAUUUGAACCUAAUUUAGUUUGAACCCCUGGCACAUGAAACAAUUUAGCAGUCAAUUCAAAACCCUUUGUGAAAUUGGUACUUGACAACUCAUGCAUGUUUUUAUAACAGUGCAUUAUUAUGUACUGAUAUUUGAAUGUGCUGUAUUUUCAUGAACUUAAUGACAGAAGUGUCAUUCUGUUCUUCUCAAAUAAGUAUGAUGUUACUGUUGUCUCAAUCUAAUGUUGCAAUUUUGUGCAAGAAUUUGUUUGCUCUAUUUAACCGCUGGUGGCUAGUGAAGGAUCUAGUGACCAAUGUACUGGAGCUCUUUCAACAUUAAUAGACAGUACUUAUUUAUAAAGAGCUCAGUGCUGGCCAUUAAGUCUGCGACCAGAAGUGGUUAGAAAGACAAAAGGAAUGUCCUAUAUAUGUCAGUAUGCCUGAUCUACACCUGGUUAAGGUAAUACAUUCCAUGAAGGGUAUCUACACAGGGUCUGGUAGGAGUUACCUCCACCAUCAGAACUCCCAUGCAUACAACACUUACAUUGUGCAACUUCUUUUGUACAUGUAAUAAGAUAGUCCACAUUCAGUAUUGCUCUUUUUGUGUAUAUGAAAUUAACUCCAAAAUGUUUGUGUAUAUACAUGUAAAUAAGUGAGAACGAACUUUAUUCAUCAUUUGUUUCUUAUACCUGAAUAUAGUAGAUUUGUUAUAUUCCAUUAUUUAUUUAAUUGAUCAAUAUUUAAUCUUUAAUUGUAAAAGGAUGUUUACAUUUACAAAGGAGAAACCACACCAGAUACUAGUAUUGUAUAUAGACUUUGAAUUGGCUUGUGUGCAUAUCGUUUGUUAAGAUUUUGAUUGAAUGCUUUUGUAAAUAUUGUUUUUGUAUAGGAUUAAUUUAUUACACAUAUUUUUUGGUUAAUCUGUGUACAUAUGGAUAUUUUCAGUUAAUGUAUUUACACCCGGUUGUGUUUCACACCACGGUUGAAAAGUGUUGAACAAUAAAAUCACAUCGGAAAUUA